AUGCCAUUCCUUCAGUCUCUUAAAGAUUAUGCAAAGCGACACCGAAAAGGCCUAAUGGUCACUGCUGCUAUUGGUGGUGGCAGUUAUCUGCUCGGUCGUUAUGCGACAGAAAAGCUACGCGAUUUCCAAGAAAAGACAAUGACAGAGCGUGUGGCAAAGGAAAAUCUCAAACGACGCUUUCAGCAAAACCAAAACGACUGCGUAUUUACAGUACUCUCCUUGUUACCAACACUGGGCGAUCAGAUUUUGAACGAGAUGAAUAUCGAAGCAGUCUGGGCCAAAUUGCAAGAAGCACGUAAAGCUGAACGACUUGAGCAGAAACGGUUACGAGAACAAGCUGCCGCUGAAGCCGAAGCUGCCAAAGCUGCUGCCGAAGCUGCUGCUGCAUCUACAACAACUACAGCGACCGAAGAAGAAGAGAAUGAAAAGGAAAAGGAGAGUACAACAGCUACCAAAGAGCAAGACCAGCACGUGGAUGAAUCAAAAGAAAAGGGAGAGGAUGCAUCAACCCAAAAACCUUUGGAUGAGAGCGUCAGCAGCCUUGGUGCAUCUGUCGGCAGCCUUGGUACAUCGAUACAAUCGGAAGGAGGAUCAUCACCAGUGACACCCGGUCUCUUGGAUAAAGAUGAGAAAUACAAGUUAUGGGAAGAGAUCAAGAUGAAGAGCUUUACGCGAUCAUUGACAUCGAUUUAUUCUCUUACGCUCUUGACCUUGUUGACACAUCUUCAGCUUAAUUUACUGGGCAGAUUCACCUAUGUAUGGUCCGUGUCAGUGUUGAAUCGAAGCGAGCCAACUAUUCGACUACAACAUGCCGAUGAAGAGCCAGAAGGCGGUUUCCUUGAUCCACAAACAGAACGCAUGUUCCUUAGUGCCAGCUGGUGGUUGCUUCAUCGUGGUUGGAGACUUUGCGCAAAACGUGUCGAAGAAGCAGUAGAGGAUGUGGUCAGCGGCCUACCUUUGAAACGUAUCCUUACGCAUGAAGAUGCUGAAAACCUGAUUAGCAAGUUGCGACGACGUGUGGAAUAUGAGCGUGAUGGCAUCUCACCUGUGAGCUGUCGAUCAUGGAUGCUACCUGAGACGGAUGAGGAAAUCCAAGAGUUCUUGAUGCAAGCAGGGUUCGCAGAGAAAUACCCUGAGAACGAGGCAACUCUUCAACUGAAAAAGCUGCUGGAUGAAACAAAGGAUUAUAUUGAUAGUCCUGAUUUUACAGCUGUCCUUGGAUCAUGUCUCGAUGAAGUCUUUGCAAUCUUUGAUCAUCAUGCAUUUGCCAAGGCGCUUUUGCCAGGGGCUGGACCUAUGGAUCUUUCAGGACAACGCAUUCAAGAAAUCAAUGAUAAUGAGGUUGUGGAAGUAACCAAAAAAGUGACACUUGCAAAUCUACUACCUGCUAUCGGUCGACAAGCUCAUCUGGCAAUUUCUGGCAAUGAAUACUUGAACGCAUUUGCAUACAUCAAGGAGCUCCAAGCGUUCUCGGCAAUGAUUUACACACAAUACGGCGAGGAAAUUACUCAAGCUUGA